UUAUUUGAGCAUUUAACAAUGCAUUAAUGUCUAUUUUAACUUAUAAUUCAAAUAAGAUUCUGCCAUCUUCUGACCAAAAUAUAAAUAAUUUUAAUAUCGACACCUUACAACCUGUAAAUAACAACAAAAUAGAUUCAUCUAUAUUAACCAAUGAAGAUGAGCAUGGCAAAAAAUGUACUUUUGAAGAUCCAUAUGUAAAAGAAAAUUUAAUAUCCAAUAAUAAGGAAUUACCAAGGCCUAAGCCUGGACAAAUUCUGCAUCGAACUGCCAAUGACUUCUUUUUUUUUAAAAUCAUAGGUGAAGGGUCAUUUUCAACAGUUUAUAAAUCUAGAGAUAUUCAUACCUUAAAAUAUUAUGCAAUUAAAGUUAUGGAUAAAAGACAUAUUAUAAAACUCCAUAAACAAUCCUGCGUUAAAAAAGAAAAAGAACUUCUACAAGCUUUAAAUGCAAAUCCACAUCCAUUUUUUGUCAAAUUGUAUUGUACAUUCCAAGACUUUGAACGACUAUUCAUCGUAAUGUCCUACGCCAAAAAUGGGGAAAUACUUAACUACAUAAAUCUCAAACACUGUUUUGAUCUCGAGAUAUCCCGUUUUUACGCCGCUGAACUCACUUGCGCACUUGAACACCUCCACAAGAUGGGCAUCGUUCAUAGGGACAUCAAACCAGAAAAUAUUUUGCUCGAUGAGAAUUUCCACAUCAAAAUCACUGAUUUUGGAUCGGCCACCUUUUCUCCCUUCGAAUCUUCCCCAACCGAUCAAGAUACUGAAGAUAAUAAAAGUGAUCCCAGCUCCGAUAACUCUUCAAGUACCAAUGACGACAGAGCUCAAGAAAAAUCGGAUGAUGACACAAAAUCCAAUAAAAUUGCAACGAACGGGGUUAGUAGAACCGUAGCUAAGCAAAAUAAUCGGCACAGUUCGUUUGUGGGCACGGCUCAAUACGUUAGCCCGGAGAUUUUAACCAGCAAACCAGUCACCUAUGUGGCCGAUUUAUGGGCUCUGGGCUGUGUCGUUUACCAAUUUAUUACCGGCAAUUAUCCCUUCAGAGCGAACAAUGAAUAUCACAUAUUUCAAAAAAUCUUACGUUUGAAUUAUGAUACUCCACUUUAUAUGGAUGCCGAUGCUCGAGACUUUAUACAAAAAUUGCUCAAAAUUAAACCUUCCGAAAGGCUAGGCAGCCCAAAUAUGGGUGGCUACCCUGCUUUAAAAUCUCAUCCUUUCCUACACAUAUACCUAGAAAAUUUCGAAAAUCUGUACAAAACUGAAUCUCCGCUCUUGGUUAAAUUAUUAGUCGCUAAAGGCAGUAGCAAUAUUUUGCGAGCUACGGAGAGCGAUAAAGAGGAAUCGGAGUUCACCAAAUACCCCAUAAAACCGGGUCUUAAUGAAUCUCAACUUAGUAGACUACAUGGGUUAGGUCUUCUUCAAGAAACUUUUUCCCAGCUGACUUUUCUUAAUAAUAACGAAACUCCCGACACAGCUAUUGAUAAAUGCACAACUCAUCACGAUAAUAUUAAAUCUAUUCAAUCAUCAGAUGAGCACAAUGUUACGAAGGAAAAAAAUGGUGUAUCGCUUUCUAAAGAAAGUCAGACAUGUAGUACUAAGAAUUCAUCCGAUAAAGUUACAACAUCCACCGCCUUCUCGGAUAGUUCGGUUGUCUCUUUUAAUAAAAAUAGUGAAUCGAAUAAAAUUAUAGUAGGUAAUAAGGGUGAUCAUAUCAACGUUUCUCCUAUGAAGAAAGACAAAAAGCCAAAGCGCAGUUUCCUUAAACCACCUAAGCUUAAAGGAAGUUCCAAAAAAUUGUCCAUGAUGAUCAAAAUAGGGGUUCCUCCUUCCAUAUUUACUUAUUCCAAAAAUCGCCCCACAAUGCAUGAUAAUUUAUCGGAUAAAGAGUCAACUGCCGACCACCCUAAAACUAGGAAAUUUGUCGAUUCCACUAAUGACUUAAAUGGCGAUAGAAAAAAUUCCUUGCCAGCAAUGCUACCCCAUCAUAAAUCGGAUUCCUAUAAUUCCGAACAAAUGAUUCGUUUAGUUAACAAUUGUCGCUUCAAAUUCAUGGAAGGUCAAGAGAUUGUCAAUAUAGGCAUAGUUCACAAACGAGUGGGAUUAUUCACCAAACGCAGAAUGUUGAUUUUAACAGAUGCCGUUAAUUCUAAUAGCGAUAUAGGAAAUUCAAUGGAAACAAAUGUACUAAAACCUCAUCCCCAUUUAUUUUACCUAGACCCUACUAACAUGAUUUUGAAAGGUGAAAUACCAUGGUCGGAAGAACUAAAAGUUGAACCGAAAAACUUUAAGAUAUUUUUCGUCAUCACGCCCAAUAGAACUUAUUUUUUGGAAGAAUCAGAAGGUUUUGCACUCAAAUGGUGUGCUGCAAUCUCAAAACUUCAUCAAAAAUAUUUCCCUAACACGCAGUUUUUAUGUAUUCGUUAAAUUUUAAUGUUUUCAUAUGCUAGACACCUUAAAUGAAAUAUGCUAUAAAGAUUAACGAUUCCUAUUAUUAUAUUCGCUAAAUUAGUGUAAAUACUAUGUUAAUAAUCAUUAUGUUGACUACUUCAAAUUGAUUACAUACACCCUUCAAUAUUUUUUACACAUUAUUUUUAUCUAAACACUUAAGUUUAUUCGGUUAUAGAGACUACUUCAAAACUUAUAAAGUUUAAUAUUUUGGCAUAAUCAAAAUCAAGCAAGUUUAUUCGUUUAUAUUGAUAAUUUAAUUUAGUAUAUUACCUUUUAAUAUAUGAAUACAAAUUAUAAUUAGGUUUUAAAAAAAGAUCUAAAAGCA